GGUGCCAGGAGGAUGAGACCAAGAGAGUCAGGACAAAAAAGGGUCCCAGGUUCCUGCUGACCCGAGGGUGGUGGCCUGGGGAUCAGGACCUAAGAGACCCAACCCAGAGGGCAGCUGGACUCUGUAGGGCAUUUGAGCCUGGCUGUCCCCUGUCCCCAUCACCCAAUCACCAUGGAAUGUCCACCAGCUGAUUUUGCCUCUCAGCUCUGCUAUUAGCUGCUGUGUGACUCUGGGCAGGUCACUAGCCUUUCUGAGCCUCAGCAGCUCUGUGUAUCUUCAGAGGCAUUGUGGGGCUCUGGGAAGAAAAGGACAGAUUUUCGAUGGAACAGUUAUUUAUUGUUAUGCAAAUUCAACUCGGCCAAGCCUGACUCCUCUGCUCCCAACCAACCUGCAGACCACACACCAGCCUCCUCAUCCAGCCUCUCGGCCUCUCCCUCCAUUUCCCUGAAGAGGUGGCCACCAGGUAGGGCCAGAAGAAAGGUUGUCGGAGGCCACAAGUGGCUGAUGGGAGGCCUGGUGGUCCAGCUGUGGUGCCGACAGAUGCACUCAUGGUGUGUGAAAUCCACCUGCGGAGACUACACAAAUAUUUCCAAAGAAUAAAGUGGGAUGAGGCAGGGCAGGAUAGGCUGGGAAGUCCUGUGAUUGACCACACCGGAAGGAGAACACGGAUUCCAUGUUUGUGCUCCAUGGGUUUGUGAUGUGAGCGUUUCUUACCAUGGAUCCUGGUCGGAAAGUUGGAAAUCCCGGGGGGGCUACGAUGUGGGAUUGGUACAGUGCUUGGCCCACCCAACCUCAGAUCAGGGACCUGUGGGUUUGGACGCUCACGCAGGUCUCGGGCUGGGGCAGGUGCCAGCUCUCCGGUUGUUCUGGAAUGAGCCCAGUGCAUCAUCCUGUCCUGGAAGCAGGUCCAGGCGGGCCGGUGCUGACUCUCCAUUUGUUGCUCAGGGUGGAGUUUGUGAAAAUGGCCAGUGAAUGCGAUGCUGUGAACUUGGGCCAAGGCUUCCCCGACUUCCCACCCCCAGAUUUCGCUGUGGAAGCAUUUCAGCACGCCCUCAGCAGCGACUUCAUGCUGAACCAGUACACCAGGGCAUUUGGUUACCCACCCCUGACAAAGAUCCUGGCAAGUUUCUUUGGGAAGCUGCUGGGACAGGAGAUAGACCCACUCAAGAACGUGCUGGUGACUGUGGGUGCCUAUGGGGCCCUGUUCACAGCCUUCCAGGCCCUGGUGGAAGAAGGAGACGAGGUCAUCAUCAUUGAGCCCUUUUUUGACUGUUAUGAACCCAUGACGUUGAUGGCGGGGGGGCAUCCUGUGUUUGUGACCUUGAAGCCGGGCCCCACUCGGGAUGGGGAACUGGAUUCCAGCAGCAACUGGCAGCUGGACCCCACAGAGCUGGCCAGCAAGUUUACCUCUCAUACCAAAGCCCUAAUUCUCAACACACCCAACAACCCUGUGGGAAAGGUGUUCUCCAAGGCGGAAUUGGAGCUGGUGGCCAGCCUGUGCCAGCAGCAUGACGUGAUCUGCAUCGCCGACGAGGUCUACCAGUGGCUGGUCUACGACGGGUACCAGCAUGUCAGCAUCGCCAGUCUUCCUGGUAUGUGGGAACGCACCCUGACCAUUGGCAGCGCUGGCAAGACCUUUAGCGCCACUGGCUGGAAGGUGGGCUGGGUCCUGGGCCCGGACAGCCUCAUGAAACACCUGCGCACGGUGCACCAGAACUCUAUCUACCACUGUCCCACGCAGGGUCAGGCAGCAGUGGCCCAGAGCUUCGAGCACGAGCAGCUUCACUUUGGCCAACCCAGCAGCUACUUUGCGCGGUUCCCGCAGGCCAUGCAGCGCACCCGUGACCACAUGAUACGCAGCCUGCAGUCUGUGGGCUUGAAGCCCGUGGUCCCCCAGGGCAGCUACUUCUUCAUGGCAGACAUCUCAGACUUCAAGAGCAAGAUGCCCGACUUGCCCGGUGACGUGGAUGAGCCCUACGACAGACGCUUCAUCAAGUGGAUGAUCAAAACCAAGGGCUUGGUGGCCAUCCCCGUCUCCACCUUCUACAGCGUGCCUCAUCGGAAGAUCUUUGACCGCUAUAUCCGCUUCUGUUUCGUGAAGGAUGAGUCCACACUCCAGGCCAUGGAUGAGAAGCUGCAGAAAUGGAAGAAGGAGCUCAGGCCCUGACACCACCUGCUCGGCUCCCGCGGGCUCUGCCAGGCUCUGCCUUUGUCCGGGUUUCAGCCAUUCCCGGGUUGGGCGUAUGGAGUGGGGGGGGGGGGGGGGGGGCUUCUCUGGGACACAGGAUGUCCCCCCGGGCAGAGCCCUCUUUCUUGAUCUCGGUGGAUUCGGGAGCACUUUACUACAGUGCCUAUAUUCCUGUCCUGGUGGUGAGGUGUACCCGAGCCAGGCCUCUCCCUGCUCCUCCCUGGGUGGGGUGAUACAGUCCUGGGCCCCCUCUGUAUUUUUCCCAGUCUUGUCUGAGGCUCAGUGGACAGAGUCCAACAGGGUACUGGCCUUGAGUCCCAGCCCUGCCCUGGCCCCAGCCCUGCCCUGGCCCCAGCCAAAGCUUUAGCAUCCCUCUCUUUCCUUAUUUAACCUUCACUUUGGGACGCGGUCUCUAGGCUUGAGUCCUCAAGCCGGUACCUUUCACCCGUAAUAAAGUUUUAAGUUAUUUAGACCCUCA